AUGAGGGUGUGGGUGGCAUCGUCAAUCUUCUACGCGACUACCUUUGCCGUGUGCGAGCUGUUGAGAUUUUCCGUCUCACGACUAGUCGAUAAUCCCAAGCGGCUUUCCGUGCAACUCCUGUUUGAGGUUAAUUUUGCUUGAAAUAUACUCGAGUGAGUCUAAAAAACGUCUACUUGUCAAAUCCUUCAUAACUGAGGGAGUGAAAGGUUUCAAAACUGGAAAAGUCCUUUUUUUUAAUGCUUUCCUCAAUUUUUCGAAACACAAAAAUAGAAAAAAGCAAUCUAAUUUCGUGUAAAAGUACUCACGGAAGUCCAACGGAAUUCAAGCUUUUCUCUCAUUUUUGCCUAUCUGUAUAUCUGGGUGUAGCUUGAAGUUCGCUUCUGGAAGUAGUUUGAUAAGGUCACGGUGUUUUUUUUAUUACGCAAGGUCAAGACUUUUCGUAAAUUAUGAUGCUUAGGGUGUAAGCACACCGAGACGCAAUAUCGCAUACUCAAAAUGUUUUUUUUUCAAUUUUAGAAUUUGCGAUUUCAGGAUAAUAGCUCCUGAAAUGUUCGAAAUUUGUCAGUUUGAAGAAUAUGAUGUGAAAUAAACAUUCACUUACGUUAAAAAAACAUUUAGGAACGAUUUCAAGAGGGGAAAAACUCUAAAUUACUGAUUACAAAGUAAAAAAACAAAAAAAUAAUAUGAAGGUGAAGCAGCUCCCAUUGAAUAAGCAUUUAUAAAUACGAAAAAAAUAUUGAAAUGAGGAAAAAUUCGAGGAGCAAAUGAAAAAAACAUUUUAUAUACCUCGAAAACCUAGUUUCAGAAAAAAACAAAUAAUGGAUAGAAAGCAGAAAUUUUUAGAAAAAAACCUCGUAUGGCGAAAUUUUUUUGUUUAAAUCCGAAAAAAACCAUCAAAAAAACUAGAAAAAAUAUAUAAUUUAGAUGAUUCAUAUAUCAAAAAUCAUUAAACUGCAUCAGCAAAUUCAAUUUGGCUCUAAUUUACACGAAACCGGUUUUUAAACUACGUCAAAGGAACUGGAUAAUAACUUUUUUUAUUAUUAACUGAUUAAAUUAAAAAAACUAUAGUUCCCAAAAAUAGAGUGACUCUUUUUCAUGUCGCGAAACAGAUUUCCAAAUUUUGAAAAAAAUUAGGACUUUUUAGAAAAAAAUCUUCAGCUCUUUUGAAAAAAAGUUAAAGAUCUGAAACCGGUUUUAGAAAAAAAUGCGCAAUUUAAAGCUCCACAAGAUGUACCCAUAGAGAGGCGGAUCACAUAAAUGCAAGAAAUAGAAAAAAGUAAAAAACCCAGGAAAAAAGUGAAGAAAUUCAAUUUUUGCAUCAGGAACCAUGAGAAGGGCGCAAUAAUGCGCCACGGAUAAUAUGCCGCUGGGACCCAAAAUUUCGCAUUUUUUUUCAUUGCGCGGAACACCGUGAGGUAUACAUUAUAGUUUCGAAAAUUGACCGUUCGACCGACCGUUCGACCAAUAUUUUUUCAACAUGUCAUAAUAAAUGGUCAUUGGUCGAACGGUUGGAGUUUCAACAUUUCAACAUGUCACUUCAGAAUGACAUGUUGGUUUUUGACCGUUCGAAAUGUCACUCUGAAAUUGGUCGGUCAUUUUUCGAACGUUCGAAAUGUCACUUCGAAAUUGGUCGGUCAGUUUUUGACCGUUCGAAAUGUCACUCUCAAAAUGGUCGGUCAUUUUUUGACCGUUCAAAAUGUUACUCUUGAAUUGGUUGGUCAUUUUUCGACCGUUCGAAAUGCCUAUUCGAAAAUUUUCUCUUACGCUGGAGGUGAGGGCUCGUGCGCGAGACACAUUCCUUCUUACUGCGUUCCAGUCUUUCACGUGCAAACUUUGAGCCGUCAUAAUUUGACUACGAGGCAAAAGGCGAGAUAUUUUAUUUUUGAUUUGGAAUCAGCAUGCCUUAAAGUACACCCCUGCGAAGUUUCAUCAAAAGUUCAACCGGGGGAUAAAAACAGUUCCCUUGUCAGAGUAACUAGGAGCUUAUUCAUUAUCACGAAGCACGCGGAGUUUUCUCAAAAUUCCAUACUUUUCGCAAACGUUGAUUCAAUUUAUUUCAUUUCAGACAUUUCAAACUUUUUUCAGUCAAAUUUCGAUCGUUUGAAACGCCAUUUCAAAAUUGGUUGUUCAUUUUUUGACCGUUCGAAAUGUCACUCUCAAAAUGGUCGGUCAUUUUUUGACCGUUCGAAAUGUCACUCUCAAAAUGGUCGGUCAUUUUUUGACCGUUCGAAGUGUCACUCUGAAAAUGGUCGGUCAUUUUUCGAACGUUCGAAAUGUCACUUCAAAAAUGGUCGGUCAUUUUUCGAACGUUCGAAAUGUCACUUCAAAAAUGGUCGGUCAUUUUUUGACCGUUCGAAAUGUCACUCUGAAAAUGGUCGGUCAUUUUUCGAACGUUCGAAAUGUCACUUCAAAAAUGGUCGGUCAUUUUUUGACCGUUCGAAAUGUCACUCUGAAAAUGGUCGGUCAUUUUUCGAACGUUCGAAAUGUCACUUCAAAAAUGGUCGGUCAUUUUUCGAACGUUCGAAAUGUCACUUCAAAAAUGGUCGGUCAUUUUUUGACCGUUCGAAAUGUCACUCUGAAAAUGGUCGGUCAUUUUUUUCGAACGUUCGAAAUGUCACUUCAAAAAAAUGGUCGGUCAUUUUUUUGACCGUUCGAAAUGUCACUCUGAAAAUGGUCGGUCAUUUUUCGAACGUUCGAAAUGUCACUUCAAAAAAAUGGUCGGUCAUUUUUUUGACUGUUCGAAAUUUCACUCUGAAAAUGGUCGGUCAUUUUUCGAACGUUCGAAAUGUCACUUCAAAAAUGGUCGGUCAUUUUUUGACCGUUCGAAAUGUCACUCUGAAAAAUGGUCGGUCAUUUUUUUCGAACGUUCGAAAUGUCACUUCAAAAAUGGUCGGUCAUUUUUCGAACGUUCGAAAUGUCACUUCAAAAAUGGUCGGUCAUUUUUUGACCGUUCGAAAUGUCACUCUGAAAAUGGUCGGUCAUUUUUCGAACGUUCGAAAUGUCACUUCAAAAAUGGUCGGUCAUUUUUUGACCGUUCGAAAUGUCACUCUGAAAAUGGUCGGUCAUUUUUCGAACGUUCGAAAUGUCACUCUCAAAAUGGUCGGUCAUUUUUCGAACGUUCGAAAUGUCACUUCAAAAAUGGUCGGUCAUUUUUUGACCGUUCGAAAUGUCACUCUGAAAAUGGUCGGUCAUUUUUCGAACGUUCGAAAUGUCACUUCAAAAAUGGUCGGUCAUUUUUUGACUGUUCGAAAUGUCACUCUGAAAAUGGUCGGUCAUUUUUCGAACGUUCGAAAUGUCACUUCAAAAAUGGUCGGUCAUUUUUUGACCGUUCGAAAUGUCACUCUGAAAAUGGUCGGUCAUUUUUCGAACGUUCGAAAUGUCACUUCAAAAAUGGUCGGUCAUUUUUUGACUGUUCGAAAUGUCACUCUGAAAAUGGUCGGUCAUUUUUCGAACGUUCGAAAUGUCACUUCAGAAAUGGUCGGUCGGUUUCGUAAAUUUCAGAAAUUGGUCGGUCAAACGAACGGUCAGAAAAAUGACAUGUUAUAACCGUUCGAAAAACUGAACGGUCAUAUCAGUUGAACGGUCUAAUUGGUCGAACGGUCGAAUUUUAGAACACUAGUAUACAUAGGGAGCGCAAAGCCCCACCCCUUCACGCCACCAAAAUGACGAUUUUUUUUGUUGCAAAAACGUAACUAAAGUUCCACCUUAAAAUAAACUGUUUAUGAUAACCUAUGUAAUCGACAACGCUCUACAAGACUGAAUAUCUUUGAAAUCAUGUAUUUUUCAUGAAUAAGCGAAAAAGUAAGAUUUAACUCGAAAAAAAACUGACAAGUUUCACAAAAUCGUCGCGUUUCAGAAAACCAAGUGAGAAACGCUUCUAAAUUUUGAGUAUGUUGUACAUUAACACUUUCUUUAUUUUUUUUGAGUUAAAAAAAUUUAAAAAAAUCUAACGACGCGAAAAAAAUCGACGCUUGUAAAGUGACACCAAACUUUGAAUCUGAAAUGCGAAAAAAUUUCAGCGACAUGGUAUACUUUUUUUAUUUGAUUUAAAAACUCCAAAUGUAUCCAAGAAUGAAAAUUCAGAAUGAAAAUAAUCAUUGGGAGAGCGAAUCAAAUUAUAUUUGAAUUUUACCAAAACCUCCUUUUUUCGCCUGCCUCGUUGACGCGUGAGAGAAUAGGAUCGCGUCUAUGCUUUUGAUUAUUUUAUUAAGCGUUCAAAACUCUAUCAAUGAAAAAAUUAUGAAAAAUCUAACGACGCGAAAAGAAUAACAGCUUUGAAAACCUCGAAAAAAUUGCCAUUUUUUCUAAAAUUUUGGAAGAAUUCGUGCAAGUGUCUGUAUCUGUGUUUGCGUCAAACACACCGAUGCGCCCUUUUAAAUGUUGCAGGAGCCGUUUUUCGGAGUCAAAUUGAACUUUUUCCUGUUUUAUUUCGAAAUAACAUUAUUUUUCAUUUUUUCUUUUUUCCAAAUCGAAUGAUAAUAAUUUUUCUGAGUAGAAAAAAGAAAAAUAAGCUGGAAAAUCCUUUUGACCUUUUUUCUAGGUAGUUUUUUGAUAUUUUAUCAAAAAUUCUUAUGAGGAUUGCACAAAAGAUUUAUACCAAAACAUGAGGCUCAGUUCGGACAAUCUCUCAGAACAGAAAACCGAUUCGAAAACGGUUCAGAAAUGCGCAAAAACAAUUAAAAAGAAUGCGUGCGGCAGCGGGUAAACCGUGAGAUUUUGCCUCCAGUUGAACACCGCGCGCGUUCGUUUUUUCGCCAUAUCUUUUUUCUUAGUGGACCUUUUUUCAAAAACUAAACGGAUUAUGAAAACUGACAGUCUCCUCUAUCGAACAUUGUGAAAAACAUAUUUUUUGGAUCGUUUCGAAGAAAUGACUUGCGGUCCCUAGGUAUACACGCAUGUUCAAGGCGGCCGGUCGUAUUACGGUAGUCAAGCUAGGUUUUUCGGUAAUAAAAUGAAAACUUGUGUACUUUUUGUGAUGUAACUUGUCUUGUCACCUUGAGAAAUAGGUCCUUAACAAAUUGCAAGGAAGAAAAAAAUUUUUUUUAAAUUUCCUGGCCCAGAAACUGACGGCGCAAAAUUGACCGGCCACCGGCCGCCGUAGCACUGUCUUAAACAUGCGUGUAUAAGAAAGUCUGACAAUUGGUAUCACAGUUCAUCGGAACCGUCCAAGUAUGCGUCCCUAUGUUCGACGUCGGCACCAUCAUGGACCACUAUGGCAUUAUCGGCGUCUUCGUCGAAAUAACUGUCAUUGAAUUGGCCAAUUGCUACUUCAUGCGCGACGCAGUUGCUCAUCCUUGUCCUUUGGUUGGUUCGAUCCACCUUCCACAGUCGAUUACUUUUGUAGGUCACUUCAUGUUAUCGCAAAAGCAAGGCUAUCCGUCGGGCUGUAUAUGUGUUUUUGGUGGAACUUGCGGCUGGUUCUCAAACUUCUCGUUGCGGUUAAAGUCUGACUAUUUGUAGCUUAUGCGUCCUAUUUUUUGGCUCGAAGUUUUUGGAAACUAGGAGUGCACCCUGUUCACGAAGAACUUCUACACCAGGACACAUGUACUUCUGACUUAACAGUUAUUUUUUUCAUUCUUUAAAAUCUACAAAACUUUAGUUCAGUUUUGACUUUCGAAGGGCAACAACGAAAGUUAGGAAGGCAGUUUUUAGUAAAGUAAGGUCUUGUUUUGAAUUUAUGAAAUACGAGCUUCACGAUAAAUCAAUCAAUAAAAGAAAAAAAAAAUGAAUGUCCAACACAGAAUGCAAGAAUAUAAAACUCACUCAAAAAAAACUAGAGAAUUAUCAAAAAAAAAAAAUUAGUCGUCUUGUACUCUGAAGUAUUUCACAAAUGCAAAAAAAGCCUAACUCUCCAAAAGUUCACCGCCCUAGCUUUCGUCUUUCGUAGUUGCUGAAUAAAAUGGCAGUUGAGGUCGCACUCACUACCGGAGCUUUGAUCGAAGGAGCUGCAACAUUCUUGGCCAAGGCUUUUGAAAACUUCAUCGAGGAGCGCUAUGAAGACACCAGGAUGUGCUCCGUGGCUAACUGCAUCUUCAGCGGCCUCCUGUGUGCCUUAGGUACCAAAAAAUGACAAGUUUGAACGGUCGUUUGAAACCCUUUGGCCUCGAAUUUUUAAAAGUUUGAAGAAGGCUCUGACAGCCCCUUUAAUAUUUAAAAAGGAAAGUACCAUAGAAAUCGCUAGGAGGUCUUUGAAAGACCUUUUUUGUAAUUACGCCAAAAAAGAAGAAUUUUUCUCAAAGGCAUACACUACACUGGCAUGUACGCCAAUCCGAUUGUUGCCUGGGCUUGUACUUUCAACUGCGAAGGGGUCUCUCAUAUCGGCCAUCUUUUUGUCUACUGGCUCAGUCCGCUCAUAGGAUGGUGAGAUUCUCGAGAGAUUUUCAUCGAAAAGUAAUCACUCCUCAAUUUUCGCAUUUAGGUACAUUGCCGAAAAAGUUUUCGGCGAAGUGGACGUUGAUUUCGGAGAAGAUGACAUCGCAGUAGAACAAAUCAAGAAGACGGAAUAG